AUGACCUCCAAACAUGUUGCUCUGGCUGGCGCGACAGGAAACCUUGGCAUCCCCAUCCUAAGCGCCCUCCUACAAGCAAACUACAACGUCACGGCCCUCUCCAGAAUUGGCGGCAAUUCCUUAAAGCUCCCAAAACACCGCAACCUCAUCCUCAAAGAAGUCGAUUUCACAUCCACCCAGUCCCUAAAAAAUGCACUCCAACAAACCAACCCCGAGGUAGUCAUAUCCUGCCUCGCCACAUCAGCAAUCGGUGCUCAGAAUCCUCUCAUCGACGCCUCCGUCUCCGCAGGCGUAAAGCGAUUCAUCCCCGCAGAAUUCGGCAUGGACUCCCAAAAUCCACUAGCAAUGGAGCUCCCCGUCUGCGCACCAAAAGUCGCAACGCAAAAAUAUCUUCUUUCGAAGAGUCAUGAUAACCCCCACUUCACAUUUACGGGUAUUGCCAAUGGCUUGUUCUUGGAUUGGUGUCUUGAAGCUGGGAUUAUUCUGGAUUUGUCGCGACAUGCCGCUACAUUGUAUAAUGGGGGUGAUGUGAGAUUUAGUACGACUCUGUUGGUGGAUGUGGCGAAGGCUGUGUUGGGUGUUAUUGAGAAUCAGGAUGAGACUGUGAAUCGUGUUGUUUAUGUUCAGUCGGCGGUUGUUACGCAGAAUGAGUUGAUUGGAUAUGCUAAGGAGAAGGAUGGGGUUGAGUGGGAGGUUGUUAGUAAGGAUACUGAGGAACUUAGGCGGGAAAGUCUUGAGGAGUGGGAUAAGGGAUCUGGGGGAGAUGCAGAUGGGGCGACUUUGGGUUUUUGUAUUGUUGGGUCUUGGACGGAGGAUUAUGGGUGUGAUUUUUCAAGUCAUUUGGAUAAUGAGUUGUUGGCUAUUGAGCAGCUUAAGGAAGGUCAUUUGAGAAGAAUAGUGGAAGGCUUGUUGUAA